CAACAUGGCUGCAGAAUCGUUAAAUUUGAAAGAAGCAUUCCAACACGGUUUUAGUAUCUUUAAGAAAAUCGACAGCGACGAUGGACCAGAAAAUUCAAAACAUUUGCAAGAUUGCAUUCGUGAGGCGAUAGAGUGUUUUAAAAAGUCAGUAGAAAUGAUCAAUGAUCUAGCAUUAUUUAGUAUCAACGAAGAUCUGGACGAAAUUUCUACUACAGAUUUAAGAUAUAUGUUAGUGCCAGCAUUACUUGGAGAUUUGUAUCUCAAACUUUGCUCAGAAGAACGAAUUGAUGUUGUCAAUGUCUCCAAGGUCUAUUGUCUGAAUUACUUGGAAAGAUGCAAGAUGUAUGGUUUGUUAAAACAGGAUUUGAAUCCCUGUUCAUCAUCUGAAGUAACUGCACCAGCUAGUCAAAGAAGUCUGAACGAAUUAGCGAAUGAAAGAAAUGCAAAAAUAGCGAGAUUUAAAAAAAUGAAAGAAGAAGAAAAACGAAUCAAAGAACUAUCAGACAUGCUUGAAAUUUCAUCAGAUACAAAACCUGACGAGGAAUUGGAGAGAAAAUUUAACAUAUUAUUACUGGAGCACUGGAUAAACAAAGCGUUGGAAAGCUUAUCUUCUAUAAACAAUGAAAUACCGAUUUUGGAACAUAUGUCAAAGAUGAGGCAACAAGGCGGGGAUAGAAAACGCGAAAAUGAAAAGAUGCCAAACAACGAGGAACGAAAGAAAAAUCAAUUAUUUUCAAAGCCUGUGUUGAUCACAAGACAAGCGAUACAGAAUAAGGUAUUUGGGGCAGGUUACCCAAGUCUUCCAACAAUGACACAGGAAGAAUAUUUUGAAAAAGAGUUACGUCAGGGAAAAAUCGUCACAGAAUUUAGUGAAAAUAAGACAUCCAAGCAGAAGACUGAUGAAGAGAACGGGAAGGAAGAAAUGGAUUGUGCUGAGGAUGAAAAAUAUUUAGAAAAAUUAACGAAAGAAAGGGAAUGGGAUGACUGGAAAGACGAUCAUCGUCGUGGUUGGGGCAACAGGGAGAAUAUGGGAUAAAAGAGUUCAUUCUUAGCUCAUUUAAGCCUGUGAAGACAGUAUACGACAUCCACUGUCGAAAACAAAAGUAAAGUCUUCAGUGAGAAAAUGGAGUGUAUUCACUUCGAAGAUUUUCGUAAAGAGCAGUUGGCACUAGGGAGUUUCAACCCCAGAUAUUAAUGACCCCUGUUUUUCUCUAUUCGGGGUGUGGUGUAACAGGAUAUUGAGCUUCCAAAUUGCUAUCUGUGGGAGAGGAAACAAGUGACGAUGGGAGAAACUAUUGCCAGUACCUAAUAAUGUAUGAUGAUGACUAGGCAUGUAGGGUUUGCUGGUUUACACUUCUUGUGGGAUUUUACUUAACGAUGACAGGCUAUUAGUAACGAAUAUAGAUUAAAUAUUAUAGAUUAAAUAUUUUAAUGCGA